AUGGGUAUUGGAUUUAUCCAUUUGGCUUGGGGAAGCUUUCUACUAUGGUAUCUGAUUUCGUCCAUCAUCACCUGGUACAGGCUGCGACAUGUUCCAGGGCCGUUUCUAGCCAAAUUCUCCUAUUUAUGGCUUGCCAGGACAGCAGGGGACUAUGUCUAUCGAGACCUAUGCAAAAUGUAUGGUCCAUUGGUCAGAAUUGGCCCAAACGAGCUAACAACGGAUGAUCCUGAGUUCUUAAAAAGAGCUGCCGCUGUUAGGGGCGUGUACGGUAAGGGUCGGUGGUAUGUAGGGACCAGGUUUAAUCCGUACCGCGAUGUGAUGUUUACUACACUGGAUAUUCCAGCACACGACAAGUUGAAGUCUCAAAUAGGAGCAUCAUUCAAGGGGCGAGAAAUCCCACUUCUUGAGCCUGGAAUGGAUGAGCAAGUGAAAGCACUGAUUGCCAAUAUUCGACAAAACAUGUCGAGCAAUCCCUCCAGUGUUAUCGACCUAGCUCCCCUAAUGAGCUACUUCACGAUGGAUGUGAUCACAAAAGUAGCCUUUGGACAAGAAUAUGGGUACCUCAAGGCUAAUGAGGACCUGUAUAGCUUUCUCAAGGAGGUUCGCGAUAAUUGGCCAAAGUUUGCCUUGAUGGUUGACAUCCCGCUUGUUCGAGAUAUUCUGCUCAACCCGGUGUCAUUAAAACUUUUUGGCCCAUCAGUGACUGAUUCCCAGGGUAUGGGCAAGCUUAUGGGGAUAGCACGAGAAUAUGUUAGCAAGAGAUAUGAUCCAGGCGCAAUGGUUCAGAGAGAUCUCCUGGGCUCAUGGAUCCGUAAUGGCCUAACCAAAGAUCAAGCUGAGGCAGAAGGUCUAUUCUUGAUUAUCGCGGGGUCCGAGACAACGGCCUCGGCUCUUCGUAUUACCAUGCUUCAUAUCAUAACAUGCCCUCGAGUAUAUAUCCAACUCAAGCAAGAGAUACGUGAUGCGGUGAUCGAUAGAAAAGUUGACAGCCCGAUCAAGUUUGAAGAAGCCAAACGGCUGCCGUAUCUUGAGGCUGUUGUAUAUGAGGGGCUUCGAAUGCGUCCACCUGUUCCUGGUCUCUUUCCUAAGUCAGUUCCACCAGAAGGCGACGUGGUAAAUGGAAGUUUUAUACCGGGCGGUACGGUGAUCGGGAUGAACACGUCGUCUAUCUUCUCGUCAACUGCCCAUUUUGGCGAGGACGCAGCCAUUUUCCGGCCAGAACGCUUUUACGAAGCCGAUGAUCAGAAAAGGACGGAGUUGGAAAAGAUGGUGGAGCUUGGAUUUGGUUACGGUAGAUUUCAGUGCUCGGGAAAAUCAGUAGCAUUCAUGGAAUUGCACAAGGUUUUGUUCGAGUUGCUUCGCACUUUUGACUUCCAAGUGGCCAGGCCAACUAGUCCGUGGAAAUCUCGGAGUUAUAGUGUUUUCAUCGAGAAGGAUAUGUGGGUAAAGGUAUCCGAGGCGGAAAAGAUUAACUGA